AAUCGACCCUCGCAAUUGACGACGCCCUUAUCCCUCAACCCGACACCAUCUAAGCAGGAGUACAGUCGCAGCAAUGGCCAAGUCCAAGAACUCCUCGCAGCAUAACCAGUCGCGCAAGGCGCACCGUAACGGGAUCAAGAAGCCCAAGACGGCCAGGUACCCUUCGCUCAAGGGCACUGACCCUAAGUUCCGUCGCAACCACCGUCAUGCUCUUCACGGCACCGCCAGGGCCCUGAAGGAGAAGAGGGAGGCUGACAAGGCUUGAAGCUCCCUGGACUGCGAAGAUGAAAAUGGGGCUUUCUCGCACGAAAUGAUGGCGUACGGCGGUAGGGGUCAAAAUUACGAGACCACCAAGGCAGCGGCGCGUAAAGCCUUGUCACCAGAAGAAUCCAAGACCGAGCCUAAACAGAGCACGGCCGUUUUCAGUC